AAUCUGUCAAAAAUUGGCCCAACUCGCGCAAACAGUUUGUUUUGCUGGUGUGUUUUGAUCGUAGAAAAACUUUUUUCACUCUGACCAGUGACUCAUCUGCAGCUAGUAUUCGAAAAUUAUAAUUUUUGCAUAAAGUUAUUGUAGAAAAGUGUUUGAAAACAGAGAAAAUCGUUAAAAUGUUUUCCAGUGGUCCCAACUAUACCAAGCUGAAGACCAAUCUUCGCUUGGCCGUCAACCGUUUGAAGCUGCUGGAGAAAAAGAAGACGGAACUAGCUCAGAAAGCUCGGAAGGAAAUCGCAGACUAUUUAAUCGCAGGGAAACCGGAAAGGGCCAAAAUACGUGUCGAGCACAUCAUCCGAGAGGACUUCCUGGUCGAGGCAAUGGAAAUAGUGGAAAUGUACUGCGAUUUGGUGCUGGCUCGAUUCGGAUUGGUGACUCAGAUGAAGGAACUGGACGAAGGGAUUGAGGAAGCGGUCAGUAGUAUAGUUUGGGUGGCACCGAGACUGCAGGCCGAUGUCCAGGAACUUAAGCUUUGUGCCGACAUAUUCACAAUCAAAUAUGGGAAACAGUUUGCCGAAUCGGCUCGAGCAGCAAUUCCUCCCCACAAGGUGUCGGACAAACUGAUGCAUAAAUUGGCCAUUCAAGCGCCUCCGAAAUUGUUGGUUGAGAAGUAUCUGAUCGAAAUAGCUAAAAUUUUCAACGUAGAUUAUGAACCGGAUCCGUUAGUCAUGAAAGACGAUAAACCACAUCCGGAAAAUAGCAUUUUGAUCGAUCUGUCGGACAGAAAUAACUUGGAUGGAGGAAUUUCUGGAGGCGCUGGGGGAGGCUCGUCAUCUGGUGGAGGUGGAGGUGGAGCCCCAGCUCCGAUGGGUUUCAUUGGAUAUCCUCAGCCGCCACCUUUGCCACAUCUUCCAACUGUUCCACCAGCGAUGCCUUUCCAGUAUCCGGGUCCCAUCGGGCAACCUUUCGGUACUGCUUCGGCCCCGCCAUUCAACUAUAAUAUUCCACCGAAUCCUAUCGGCCCCGCGGCCGACGAAGAGAAAGAUUUGAACAUCAACUCCAAUUUCAUCCAUCAGGAAAAGAAUUUGCUGGGCGGUGAUAUCGGUCCACCGCCAUCGUAUGCAUCGCUGAGUCCCGAUGAUAAUAUGCAGAACUCUUCAAAACCAAAACCGCAGCCACGCUCGAAGAUUUCGCCUGAAAUGAAUUUCCCAGUGCUGCCCAAUGUGCCGGCCGAUUUGCCAGACGUUCCCAAUGAUAACAGUCCCGCCGGUGGUCAACAAGACGACAACGACGAAAUCGACUUCGACGAGCUAUCCAGACGAUUUGAGGAGCUUAAGAAAAGGAAGUAGUCUCCUUCAGGUGAGAUUCGUAACAAUAAUUCAUUAUUUAUCUUUUUUUUGUGUGGUAAUUCACUACAUAUAUACUUUCUGCGAUAUCGGUCACGCUAUAAAUAUAUGUUUAUUUGUUAGGCAUAAAAAUGGUUAUACAUAUUUUCGGCUGAAUAUACAGCAUAGCUAUUAAAAAGUAA